GUGGGGGGUACCUCCAUGGUCAUUCGUCCCCCGUGCGCCCCCAGCCGUGCUGUGUGUGACACCCCCCGCCUCCGCUUUCCCCUCUCAGACAUCGACGAGUGCAAGAAGACCCCAGAUAUCUGCGGCCCCAACGCCACGUGUAUCAACACCAACGGGAGCUACUGGUGUGAGUGCCGGGCCGGAUAUGUCCCCUCCAACAGGAACACGACCCUGUGCGAAGAUAUUGACGAGUGUCAGGGCCUGAGCCCGGCAGACUGCGGACCCCACUCGAACUGCACCAACGUGGCUGGGAAUUACUCCUGCAGCUGCAGCGAUGGCUACAAGCCCAGAUCUGGGAAAGCCAACUUCACUCACGCGAGUGGGGACACCUGCCAGGACAUUGACGAGUGCCAGCGAAACGGCACAAUCUGUGAGCCCCACGGGACCUGCAUCAACACACCAGGGAGUUACAUGUGUAAAUGCAGUUGGGGAUUUGGGAAGAGUCAAAAGGAUCCCUCUAAGAUCUGCACAGACAUUGACGAGUGUCGCAAGACCCCAGAUAUCUGCAGCCCCAACGCCACGUGUAUCAACACCUAUGGAAGCUACCGGUGUGAGUGCCAGGCCGGCUAUGUCCCCUCCAACAGAAACACGACCCUAUGCCAAGACAUAGAUGAGUGCAAGACCCCAGAUAUCUGCGGCCCCAACGCCACGUGUAUCAACACCAACGGGAGCUACUGGUGUGAGUGCCGGGCCGGCUACGUCCCCUCCUACGGGAACAGGACCCUGUGCGAAGACAUCGACGAGUGCCGCAAGACCCCAGAUAUCUGCAGCUCCAGCGGCACGUGUGUCAACACCAACGGAAGCUACUGGUGUAAGUGCCGGGCCGGCUAUGUCCCCUCCGACGGGAACACGACCCUUUGCCAAGACACUGACGAGUGCAAGAAGACCCCAGAUAUCUGCGGCCCCAACGCCACGUGUAUCAACACCAACGGGAGCUACUGGUGUGAGUGCCGGGCCGGCUACGUCCGCUUCAAUGGGAGCACCACCCUGUGCAAAGAGCUCACCUGCCCCCCGCUGCUGGAUGAUGACAACUCUACCGAAGCCAAGAACCUCCUGGGCAGCUUCCCGGCACAGAUGGGACGUCUCUGCAAAGCGGCGCUGGAGGAGCUGAAGCAGAUGAAGGCUCAGAGCGCUGAGGCUGUGAUGGGGCAGCUGCAGGGCUUCUUGGACAUUCUGGAGAAGCAGAUAAAUCUGGUCGGGCAGCAGAGCGAGAGCGUGGAGCGGAGACACCAGAUCGCGACGGAGCUGAUGGCAAUAGUGGAGAAGCUGCUGAGAACGCUGGCCCUGACCCUGCGUGACAGCACGAUCAGCAUCGCAUCCACCAAUGGCACAGAGCUGGGGCUGGCGGUCAGGCAGGCUGGGAACCAGAGCCAGGAGACCGUGACGCUGCAGCAGAGCAAGACGCAGAUGGAAUUAAAGUGGGCCGGAGCCCCAGGGCAGAAAAAUGAAGGCUUCACGCUGGCCGGGCUGCUGACAUACCAGGGGAUGAGCCCCAUCCUGGAUGGUGCUGGGCGGGUGGAGGCGCCCGAGUGGGACGAGAUCGGCCAGACGGGGAAGUGGGCGCAGAAGCCCGGGCGGCCCAGCUACCGUGUGGUGUCUCCGGUGGUGUCGGCCUUCAUCAGUGACCCGAACCCCCAGGCACUCGGCCUCUCCGUCAGCAUCCGCUUCAGCCACCCGGUGCCGGAGUCCAAGGCUGACCUGCGCCUCCUCUGCGCCUACUGGGAGCCUGACAGCAGGCACUGGGCCACCCACGGCUGCACCCUGCAGAAGUUGACCACCAACAGCACCCGCUGCCAGUGCGACCACCUGACCAGCUUCGCCGUGCUCAUGGCCUUCUACGAGCUGGAGGACUGGACCCUGGACGUCAUCACCAAGGUGGGGCUGGUGAUCUCGCUGCUGUGCCUGCUGCUGUCCAUCGUCACCUUCCUCUUCUGCCGCGCCCUCAAGGGCCCCCGCACCACCAUCCACCUGCACCUCUGCCUGGCGCUCUUCAUCGCCUACACCGUCUUCCUCACCGGCACCUCCAGCACCGGCAACAGGGUGGUGUGCGGCGUGGUGGCCGGGCUCCUGCACUAUUUCUUCCUGGCCGCCUUCUGCUGGAUGUGCCUGGAGGGCGCCGAGCUCUACCUGCUGGUGGUUCAGGUCUUCACCCCCCACGGCCUCAGACGCCGCUACAUGUUCCUGCUGGGCUACGGCGUGCCGGCCCUCAUCGUGGGCGUCUCGGCCGCCAUCUACAGAGAGGGCUACGGCACGGCGCGCCACUGCUGACUCUCGCUGGAGAAGAAAUUCAUCUGGAGCUUCCUGGCGCCCGUCUGCAGCAUCAUCGCGGUCAACGCCGUGAUCUUCGUGGUCACCGUCUGGAAGCUGUCGCUGAAAUUCGCUGUCAUCAACCCCAACAUGAGCCACCUGAAGAAGCUCAGGUAGCGG